AUGGGUUUAAGCGACUCACCACCCACUCUGGAGGCGAGCCAUGAGCCGGUGUCAAGUUUGUCCAGCCUGUCAGGGAGCUCCUUCGAGAAUUCCCAGCCGGCCCACGUCGAGCCAGCGGCGUACAGCGCGAUCCAUGCCAGCCGACUCAAGUCCCUCCCCCCACCGCCGCAGGACCGUCCCAGCGUUGAAAAGCUUCCAGCCGCGGACUUUGACUUGUCCUCCUCAGCCUCCGCCGACGCCAUGAUCUACCCCUCUCCCCAGGAGUUUGCUUCGCUCAGAAAGGUGCCCGGCAAGGUUCACCUCAAUACCUACCUCAUCGCCUUCGUUGAGUUCGCCGAACGGUUCAGCUACUACGGCACUACCGUCGUCUUCACUAAUUACAUUCAACGUCCUCUUCCUGAGGGCUCGACCACCGGGGCCGGGGGUGUCCAAGCCGGCGCGCUCGGCAUGGGGCAGCAGGCAUCCACCGGGAUUACAACCUUUAACUCCUUCUGGGUAUACCUAUGCCCAUUGGUAGGCGCGUAUGUGGCCGACGCCCAUCUUGGCCGAUACAACACCAUCAUCGUCAGCAUCUUCAUUGCGUUGGUUGGACACACUCUGCUGGUGAUUUCGGCGAUCCCGACAGUGAUUGUCCACCCGAACGGCUCAUUUGCCUGCUUCAUUGUGGCCAUCAUCAUAAUGGGCAUCGGCACGGGUGGAUUCAAGCCAAAUAUCUCUCCCCUCGUGGCUGAACAGGCCGAUACUGAUAACCAAAAACCAUAUAUCAAAGUCCUUCCCAAAUCCAACGAAAAAGUAAUCGUCGAUCCUACCUUGACAGCAAGCCGGAUAUACAUGUAUUUCUACCUCAUGAUUAACGUUGGGGCAUUGACUGGACAGAUUGGGAUGGUAUACGCGGAGAAGUAUGUAGGCUUUUGGCUGGCCUACCUGUUACCGACGCUGCUUUUCUGCACAUGUCCGUUGGUGAUGAUCCUCGGAAAGCCGAUAUACGUGCUGCGGCCACCGACGGGCUCGGUCUUCGGCAAGGCCGUCAAGCUCAUGAAGCUCGGGGUUGUCAAAAAGCUUCGCGCCCGCAAGAAGUCGCAUCAGCAGCCCAUUGCCUUUUGGGAGGCCGUCAAGCCGUCACACCUCGCUGACCAAAAACCCGCCUGGAUGAACUUCGACGACCAGUGGGUCGACGAGGUCAGAAGGGGUGUCAAGGCUUGUCGAGUCUUUCUUUGGUUCCCUAUUUACUGGCUGACCUACAAUCAGAUGAACAACAACUUGACUUCUCAAGCUGGAGUCAUGAACACCCACGGACUGCCGAACGAUAUCCUUUCAAAUCUAGAUCCUUUUGCCUUGAUCAUCCUAAUACCUAUCUGUGACCUAUUCAUCUAUCCAGCGCUUCGAAAAGCCGGGAUCAACUUUUCUCCGAUAAAACGCAUCACUGCCGGCUUCAUUACCGGCGCGAUGGCGAUGGGCUGGGCUGCGAUUACUCAGCACUGGAUAUAUGAGCGUAGCGCUUGUGGAAACAUGGCCGGCAAAUCCACCUGCCCCACGGUUGACAUCAACGUCUGGGUCCAGACCCCGUCCUACAUCCUCAUCGCUCUCUCCGAAAUCCUGGCCUCCGUCACCGGAUUAGAAUACGCUUUCACUCUCGCACCUAAAAACAUGCGAAGUCUGGUCACUGCUCUAUUCCUAUUUCAGUCGGCCAUCGCGAGUGCUAUUGGAGAGGCUUUCAACCCGCUCUCUGCUGACCCACUCCUAGUUUGGAAUUAUGGCACGAUGGCUGUUUUGGCGUUCGUAGCAGGGAUAGCGUUUUACUUCGUGCACCUGAAGAUCGACCAAGAGCAUGAAGAUCUGAUCCGGCUACAAGAGGGCACCGUACCGAGCGGAAAGAAGAACCUCGGCCCUGACGAAGCUGAGAAGAACCAAGUUAUCAUUCACAACAAUGAUACCCAUCACCAGGACCACCAUGAAGAACAUGAGCACGAGCUGGAGAACGAGCUCGAACGCGAUGAGUUCAAGCACCCAUAG